CCCGUCCGGUUCCGCACGAGCUGCCCGCUUUAAAGGCCGUGCCCAACACGGACGGCUGCAGUUUCGUUCAAGACGUGCUUCAAGGAAGAGGAACACCGCCAGGAGAAUUUUCCAGUCAUGAGUCCUCUAAUACUACUUCUUGCAUUGAGUACAAGUGCUCUCGCACAAGACGCGCCCAUUGUAAGCAUAAAACAGGGUCGCCUUCAAGGCGUACAGGAGCCUGGAGCCCCGGGCACCGCACCCUUCUUCGCCUUCCGAGGCAUACCCUAUGCUGCCAAGCCUCUGGGUUCUCUCCGCUUUAAGGCACCACGCCCUGCAGCCUCGUGGUCUGGGAUUCGAAAUGCAUCUCAGGAGGGCAGUCCCUGUCAUCAAGCCACAUUCAACGGGCAACUGCUGGGAUCUGAAGACUGCCUUUAUCUAAAUGUUUAUACACCAAAGCUGCAAUGCUCAUCGCAGCUCCCGGUGAUAGUUUUCUUCCAUUCGAGUGCAUUUAUUUUUGGCGACGCUGGGCGAGGUUGGUAUGGCCCUGAUUUCAUCAAUAACAACGAUGUCGUCUUGGUGCUUCCAAAUUACCGACUUGGUCCCUUUGGCCUUCUAAACCUUGGGACAUCAAGCGCACCUGGUAAUGCUGCCUUGAAAGAUUCCUUGGCGGCUCUUCGCUGGGUGAAGGAAAACAUCAAGGCGUUUUGCGGAAAUCCGGACCAAGUGACCGUGGCUGGACAUUCUGCCGGAGCCACAAUUGCCCAUGUCCACGCCGUGUCUGCCCGGAGCCAAGGACUCUUCCAGCGCGCAAUCCUUAUGAGUGGCAGUGCUCUUCUGGGCGCAUGUUACCAAGACGAGAAUAUCGAAGCAGCCCGAGAACUGGCGACUAUUCUGGGGGCCAAGGACAACAGCACUGCGACUCUGGAGAAGACUUUGAUGAACGCCUCUGGAUCUGACAUCAACGCAGCGCAUUACACUAUGUUGAUGAGAGAGGCAAGCCCAAAUUUGAUGUUCAAGUUUGCCAUGACAUCGGAAAUCCCAGCAGUCUCGAACGCAGACCUUCCAGGCUCGCUUUUCAUGUCUGUGGAUCCUGAGACAAUGAUUCGAAACGCCGAGGUUAAAAACCCAGUACCAAUCUUAGCUGGGACGGCGAAGGAGGAAGGAGAUGCCUUAUAUGCCAUAGGUUGGGUCAGCCAAGAAAUUCAAAUGAAUGAUGUGCGUUUCGUGGCGCGCCUCAACGCCCGCAUCGAAGAGGUCAUCCAGAGGUUCGCUGCCAGGGUGCCGAAGGCAGUUGCAAAACAAUUUGGAGUGCAGAGUGGAACAAGCACUCUCGCGAAACAACAACAAAUUCUACAAAUGGUCCGAAACGCUUACGCUGGCGGGAGAAGCUUUUUCACUCGAGAGGAGUACAUAAAGAUUGCAGGCGAGUCUCAAUUCGAUGGACCUCUGCGCAACUAUUUGCGCAUGUGUCGUGGAAACAUCAGUCUGUAUGUCACGGAUAUCAGUACGAACUACAACUUUGUGUCCAGGGGACUCAUUCCAAUGCCCUUGCUCAACACAACAACUCAUGCAGACGAUUUCGGGUACCUUUUCAAACCCUCAGUGGUGAAUCUGAAUCAAAACUACGGGGGCUCGAGUGUGGCCGCUCAAGUUUUGCGGUACUUCACGAAACUGCUCACGGACUUCGCCAAAGGAAGGUCGGUGGGUGUGCCAGCCAAAUGUGGCGAAUCGUCAUCACGGUACCGCCUCAUUAACAGUGGUUCUCCAGUGGUGGGUGAGAACUACGGCAGUGGCGCGUCGGUUUGGCUCGACAUCUUCGACCUACUGAGGAAGAAAUAGAUUACUAUGGGGAUUUCCAGCUGGCUGCUAAAACCUGCCUCUUGUCACCACCCGACAAAGACCGCUUGCUUCCGUGAAGGGUCCCCACUAGGCCGAGAGACAUGCGCGACGUGCCGCUCGCGGUGAUGCUACGUCCUGUUAAAAAGGGUUGAGUGGGGAGGGGAAGCUUAUUUAAAAUAAAUCAGCACUUGCUCCA